UGUACUUCCUGUCUUCCGGUUUGUAUUCGUGAGCUCACACCGUCGUAAACAUGGAGAAGAAGAAGAGUAGUGGCGGGGAAGAAGCGAAGAGGUCGACUCGCCAGAAGAUAUUUGGAACAAACUCUCCUUCUUUUAGCGGAGAUGUCUACUCUGGCUUGGUUGGAAGCAUAGUCGAAAAGGGUAUCGUAGAGAAGCUACCUAACAAGCCCGCUUCCAUUUCUUUUCCUAAACCCACAGUUCUUCCUUUUCCUGUUGCUCGCCAUCGCUCAGAGGGUCCUUAUUGGCAACCUGUAAAUAGUAAAACAGAUGAUGAUAACAAUGAUGGUAGUGAUGAUAAUUUCGAAGAUGAUGAAGAAGAUAAAGAUUUCAUGGAGUUUGACCCUGUUAAAGCCCAUGCUAACCCAGUGCAAAGGAGGAACAAAAAAGGGUUGGAUUUUAGCAGGUGGAAAGAGUUCAUUCAGGAAGAUAAUUCUCCCUUGGGGAAGAAGCCGGAGGAACGCAUGCUACACUCUAGGCAACCUAGGGAAAAGAAAAUGGAUGGGGAACAAGGUAAGACUGCAGACAAGGGAACCUCAUCUUCUGCUGAUACAGGCAUCACUACUUUUAUGGAAGCUCAAGCUAAACCACAGUCAUAUAGCUCAGAUAGUGGGAUUAUCAAUUCAGUCUCGCCCAUGGAAUUGGACAACUCAAGAAAGCUAGAUCUUCAGGAAAGUACUAAAGAUGCCAGAAUUUAUGAUGUUGAGGAAGCAUCAAAAUAUGAGGCUGGAAGCAACCAAGUUAACUCUAAAAGAAUGCCUGAUGACAGUUUUGGAUCACUGGAUGUGCUAAGUAGGGCGGAGCAAAAUAGUUUGACUUCAAGAAUGGAUUCUUGUUCUACUUCCGACAAAUUUGUCAAUGAACCAAUUUCCAUGACCCUUGAGAGUCAAAUUGAUGCUGAGAAUCAAGCUCGAAUUAAGCAAAUGUCAGCUCAGGAGAUUGCAGAAGCCCAUGCUGAGAUUGUGGAGAAGAUGAGUCCUGCUUUACUCAGACUACUACAGAAGAGGGGUGAAGAAAAACUGAGGAAAAAGAGUAAUUUAGUAUUAGAAGCUGGAACUGGUCAUGAAUCUGUGAAUCAGCAUGCUGAGAAUGUCAAUGAUGCAAAAUCUUCUCUGCUUGCUAAGAAUGAUGUCUCCAGUACCUUAGAACCACCCUUAGAAAAUAAAGAAAAAAUGCUAGAUGAUGAGGAUAACAUGACAAAGACAUCAACCACUGGAAGUAGCAGCUCAUGGAAUGCCUGGAGUGACAGAGUAGAGGCUGUCAGGGAACUACGAUUUUCCUUGGCGGGGGAUAUUGUUGAAAAUAGCAUUGACUUGGUGUCUGUAAAUGAUAAUUUGACUGAACGUGAUUACCUGCGAAGUGAGGGGGAUCCUGGUGCAGCUGGUUACACGAUCAAAGAAGCUGUGGCACUCACUAGAAGUGUGGUUCCUGGGCAAAGGGUUCUUGCAUUGCGUCUUCUUUCAUCUGUGCUUGAGAAGGUCUUAGAUAACAUUUGCAAACACAAGGUUGGGCAUUUGGUGAAAAACGAAGAUAGAGUGAACAAAUCUGUUGACUGGGAGGCUGUUUGGGCCUUUGCACUUGGCCCUGAACCUGAGCUUGUGUUGGCACUUAGAAUGUGUCUUGAUGACAACCACAGUUCUGUAGUUCUGGCCUGUGUGAAAGCCAUUGAGUGUGUGCUGUGUUGUAAUGUGAAUGAGAAUUUCUUUGAUAUCUCAGAGAAGAAGGCAACUUAUGACAAGGAUAUCUGCACUGCUCCUGUGUUUAGAACUAAACCAGACAUCAAUGUUGGUUUUCUUCAUGGUGGAUUUUGGAAGUACAGUGCAAAACCUUCUAAUAUUCUUCCUUUCCCUGAGGAUUCUAUUGAAGAUGAGACUGAAGGGAAACACACAAUUCAGGAUGAUGUAGCAGUUGCUGGACAGGAUUUUACUGCUGGUCUAGUUCGGAUGGGAAUCCUUCCUAGACUUCGUUACCUUUUGGAGACAGACCCUACAGCAGCUAUGGAAGAAUGUAUUAUGUCUAUACUGGUUGCCAUAGCCAGGCAUUCACCCUCAUGUGCAACUGCUGUCUUAAAUUGCCAAAGGCUGAUUCAGACAGUUGUACGGAGAUUUACUGUUGACAGCGUAGAAAUUCGACCUUCCAUGAUAAAAUCUGUGGGCCUUUUCAAGGUCCUAGCUCGGUUGGACCAGAAAAAUUGUUUGGAGUUUAUAAAGAAUGGGUAUUUCCGGACCAUGACAUGGCAUUUGUACCAACAUGCUUCCUCCAUUGACCACUGGGUGAAGUUAGGGAAGGAAAAAUGUAAGCUGGGGUCAGCACUGAUUGUUGAACAAUUACGUUUCUGGAAGGUUUGCAUUCGGUAUGGAUAUUGUGCAUCAUACUUCUCGGACACGUUCCCCGCCUUGAGUUUUUGGCUGAAUCCUCCUUCAUUUGAGAAACUUAUUGAGAAAAAUGUUCUGUCUGAAUUUGCUUCUAUCUCAAGUGAGGCUUACCUUGUUCUGGAAUCUUUGACUAGGAGACUCCCUAAGUUAUUUUCACAGCAGUGUCAAAAAAUUCCAAAAUUCACUGAUGCUGAAACAGAGGUCUGGUCUUGGAAUUAUGUUGGUCCAGUGGUUGACUUAGCUGUAAAGUGGAUAGCGACCAGAAGUGAUCCACAAGUAUCUAAACUGUUUGAGGGGCCAAAAAAAGUGAGAGCAGGCUUUGCUUCCCAAGAUCUAUUGGUGACUCCUUUACUGUGGGUUUAUGCAGCUGCCAUUCACAUGCUCUUCAGAGUCCUUGAAAGGUUGACACCAGAGGAUGCUAUUGACCCAUAUGAAACUGGUGGGUCUGUGCCAUGGCUUCCAGAGUUUGUCCCUAAGAUUGGGCUUCAGUUGAUUAAAUUCUGGCUUUUGGGAUUUUCAGUUUCCUUGGGGUCAAAUGGUGGAGAUCCUGAUGGACACGAAUCUUUUAUUGAAGAGCUAAUUUGUUUGAGAGAGAAUGGUGAUCAUGAAAUGUCUUUGGCUUCUGUCUGUUGCCUGAAUGGAAUGGUCAAGACGAUCAAUACAAUUGAUCAUUUAAUCAAGUCUGCAAAGGAUGGGAUCUGUGGUCUCCCUCCCCAGAACCAAACCUUCUCAAAAGAAGGAAAGAUUCUUGAGGAUGGCAUAUUAAAUGCGUAUUGUGUUAAUUUAAAGUCUACGCUUAAUUUCUUUACAAAUUUAGUUGCUUCUGGGUGGCAGUGCAUGCUCUCUAUUGAAACAUUUGGCAGAGGAGGACCAGCUCCAGGAGUGGGAAUUGGCUGGGGUGCCCCUGGUGGAGGAUUUUGGUCAAAAAGCAUUUUAUUGGCACAAACAGAUGCAAUAUUUCUCAUUCAUUUGUUGGAAACUCUUAAAAAUCUAUUUAUUAAUGAACCCGUGGCUGAAGAAAGAGCCUUCAUCAUGCAAAGGAUUAAUUCUGCCUUUGGUUUUUGCUUAAUUGCAGGACCAGGGGAUGGGAUUUUUAUGGAAAAGGCGGUGGAUCUAUUGUUUGAUGUUUCUGUUCUGAAGUAUCUUGAUCUCUGCAUUCAGAAUUUCCUUCUUGAGAGGAGAGGUGAAACAUUUAAGUGGCAAUAUGAAGAAGAGGACUACCUGCAGUUCAGUAGACUGUUAUCAUCUCAUUUCAGGAGGAGGUGGUUGUCUGUAAAGCUUAAGUCCAAUGUGGCAGAUGAUACUAAUGUCUCUGGAGCCAAAACCUCUCAAAAGGGUAGUGCUCAUUUGGACACCAUUUUUGAGGAUGUAGACAUGUCAAAUGUGAAAACUCCGUCCUUAACUUCGUUAGCAGUAGAAUGGGCUCGACAGAGAUUGCCACUUCCAGUCCACUUUUAUCUUAGUCCAAUCUCAACAAUAGUUCACAGCAAGCGGUCUGGUCCUAAAAAAUUUUCUCAUUCACAUAACAUAUUCGAUCAAACUAAUUUGCUUGAAGUUGCUAGAUCUGGGCUUUUCUUUGUUUUAGGUGUUGAAGCAAUGUCCAGUUUUCAACACAGUAACUUUCCUUCUCCUGUCCAACAUGUAUCACUGACCUGGAAAUUACAUUCCUUAUCUGUCAAUUUCCUUGUUGGAAUGGAAUUGCUUGAACAGGAGCAGGGCAAAGAAACUUUUGAAGCGUUGCAGGACCUUUAUGGUGAGCUUCUAGAUAAAGAAAGGUCUAUCAGAAGGAAAGAAGUUAUUCAAAAUAAUAAUAGCCAUCCGGAGUUCCUUAGAUUCCAAUCUGAAAUUUUUGAAAGCUAUUCAACAAUCAUUGAAGACCUUGUAGAGCAAUUUUCUGCUAUAUCCUAUGGUGAUCUGAUUUUUGGCCGGCAAGUUGCCCUUUAUUUACACCGUUGUGUUGAGUCUUCUAUUCGACUUGCUGCGUGGAAUGCACUAUCUAAUGCUCAUGUUCUUGAGCUUCUGCCACCUUUAGAGAAAUGCAUUGCUGGAACUGAAGGAUACCUUGAUCCUGUUGAGGAUAAUGAAGCGGUCUUGGAUGCUUAUGUCAAGUCAUGGGUCUCUGGUACUCUUGACAGGGCUGCAAUUCGUGGAUCAGUUGCAUAUUCUUUGGUUGUUCAUCAUCUUUCCUCUUUUCUGUUCCAUGUCUGCCCAGCAGAUAAGCUUUUCUUGCGGAACAGGCUUGUUAGGUCACUCCUUCGUGAUUAUGCUGAGAAGCAGCAACAUGAGGGAUUGAUGCUGAGUCUCAUCCGCCAUAACAAGCCAUUAACAACAUCUGAGAUGGAUGAGCAGAAGGGUGGUGUGUUGCAGGAGAAGAGCUGGUUGGAGUCAAGGCUUAAGGUUUUGGCGGAGGCUUGUGAGGGAUACUCCUCUCUUUUGACGCAAGUAAACAAGUUGAAGGCAAUCAUCUUAGGGAAUAGUUAGGUAUUGUGGAUUGGAUCUCACUUACAUAUCCAAUUGUACAUAAUGAUAUGAGAUAUUGGGAGGAAAAAAACACGCGUGGAAAUGUGGGGCAUAUAGGAAAUUUAGGCAAUUUUGUGAUUAGUUCUGAUCAACUAAUUUUGAUGGCUGUUUGAUAAAAGCUUGUCUUUAGAAGGGUGACAGUUUAGUCUUGUUGGCUAAAUGAAGAUUUUUAUUUUUUCUGGUUGGUAUAGUGGAAGAAUGUAUAAUUUAUUCAUUUUAUGAUUGAUCAUUGGUCUGGUCA